ACCAAGGCUUGUAUCGGUUAUUGUGAUAAUGUAUAAGGUAAUUAACUUCUCUAGUAGCCUCAUUCGCACUCACCAACAGUGUUUUGGCUAGACCAAACCAAAAUGGCGGUGACAGCUGGUUGGAAAAUAUUGGUCGUUUUAGCCGUUUUCGCACAGUUGUUCGUGACCACGGGGCCCCUGUAUAACUACAAUGUUUUCUUUGUAAGGUUCCAAGAUGAGUUUCAGACGGAUGCAGUUGUGACAGGGUGGUUGGGAUCAUUGAGUUCGUCGCUGCUCUGUGCAUCAUCUCCCCUCGCUGCAGUCAUCGGCUCCAAAAUCGGCAAUCUUCGCCUUUCGGUCCUCGGCGUCGUCCUGGCCUUGUCUGGUUUCCUGUCGACGUCAUUCAUAACCUCGUUGGGGCACGGGUACCUGACUCUGGGCAUCAUGGCGGGCCUGGGGGCGGGCUUCGCUUUCUGUGCGGCUGGUAGUCUGCUGUUGGAUUGGUACUCGGACCAGCCAGGGAACUGCCGCGCCACGGGAAGCGCAUUGCUUGGAAGCUCAGUUGGUGUCAUGGUUUUUGGGCCUGUGCUCAAUACACUCAAUGCAUCGUGUGGAUGGAGAAACUCAUUCAGAAUUCUAAGUGGCGUGAUGCUCCUCGUCGGUCUAGCGUCGGCACUGACUUUAUGGAAGUCCAACAAAGUAAGACAACGCAGCCAAAAUGAAGAGGGAAAAGCCGCUAGGGAGAAGACUUUAUCCCACUCUACUAAGGAGAUGAUUGAUGGGUCUAGCUCUACUAAGGGGAAGAAAGACACCAUCACCCCAGACGACGACAGAGCCACAUUAACCACAGUUAAUUCAUUCAACGAUGCCGAGACGAUACCUGAAUGGAGGGAAGUCACUGUCAUCCUCGAAAAUGAGACAGUAAUCAAAAAGACGGUUCAAAAUGGCGAGGACAGGAUACGAGAAGAGUCAAACAUCUCCGAAGGAGAAGAGGACAAAAUCAGCAAGCACGAUGAGAGAACAACAGAAGAGGCUUCGUCCAAACAUUGCGAGAAGAUACCCAAAGAGUCUGAUUUCCGAAGAGUCAGAUACUUCUGA